GGAGGCUGAGGAGGAGAUCAGCACCACGGACAGCUCCCUGUUCAGAGCUGCAGCGGCUCUUCGGACUUUUUGGCUCCAAGAAUAUUGAUAAAAAAAAAAAAAACAACACAUGGAUUUCGAUUUUUACAUUAUUUAGGAGAGCAACGCAUAUAUCUUUGUUUGACUGUAUAGACAGAACACAUUCAGAAUCAGCUACGAAGUUUCCCUUCACCCCAAGCCUUUUUCUCUGCAUCUCUUUGGACUAUAACCUAAAAAAAAGUUGACUUCCUUCGUGUUUGUGAGAAGCUUUAUUUUCUUUGUUGGAAGAUACUGCUGGGAACAAAAGAUAAGCAUGCAAGGAAUGUUUUUCUUUUUUCAGCCAAUGCAUUAAGGCUUCUCUCAGCAAUUUUCCCCAAAGGCUGUAAAGAGUCGCUAAUGUGAGCCUCUAAUUCAGCUCUCCACUCUCACACAGCACCGACUCCUCUUUCCUCCACCAAAGUCACCCACCAGGCGCGCUGCACACUCAGCAAUGGAUAAACGAACCUAGUUGGUCGCUGAUUUAACGUCAAUGGAAGAAAAACGAAAAAGAAGAUCGCUCUGAGAUGAAGCUGGAGACUCUGCCACCAAAUAAAGGAGGACGCUUCUUUUGACACCACUUAGUUUUAUUUUUUUCCCCAUCAUUUUCAGAGAAAAUAAAAAAGAAUGGCGCUGAGUGGAAACUGCAGGACUAAUCCCAAAGACCUGCAAUCUUCAGUCCAGAACAGUUUUCCAGAUGUUGUUGAGCUGAACGUAGGGGGACAGGUUUAUUAUACCCGCCACUCCACUUUGGUGGGGACCCCGAAUUCGCUGCUCGGUAAACUGUUCUCCUCCAAAAAAGAGGCGUCGAACGACUUGGCAAGAGACCCCAAGGGUCGGUACUUCAUCGACAGGGAUGGGUUUUUAUUCCGAUAUGUGCUGGACUACCUCCGAGACAAGCAUGUCGUCCUCCCGGACCACUUCCCUGAGAAAGGGAGGCUCCGGAAAGAGGCAGAGUACUUUCAGCUCCCAGACCUUGUGAAACUUCUGACCCCGGAGGACAUCAAGCACAGCCCGGACGACUUUUUCCACAGCGACCACGAAGACGGUUCCCAGGGUAGUGACCACAGACAGUGUCCACCCCCCUCUCUGGUCCCCGCGGACAGGAAGAGCGGCUUCAUCACAGUGGGGUACCGGGGGUCAUGCACCAUGGGGCGCGAGAGCCAGAGCGACGCCAAAUUCAGGAGAGUACCUCGGAUACUGAUCUGUGGCAGGGUGGCUUUGGCUAAAGAGGUGUUCGGGGAAACGCUAAACGAGAGCAGGGACCCGGACAGAACCCCGGAGCGGUACACCUCCCGGUUUUAUCUCAAGUUCAAGCACCUGGAGAGAGCUUUUGACAUGCUGUCAGAGUGCGGCUUCCAGAUGGUAGCCUGCAACUCCUCAGUCACAGCAUCGUUUGUCAACCAGCACACAGAAGACAAGAUCUGGUCCAGCUACACUGAAUAUGUCUUUUACCGUUGAUUCCAAGUUAUUCUUUUCCUGAGAUGUUCCAUGGUUCACCUUCACUCCAAACUCCAACCCUCUGGUCUACCAUUGUGGUACCUGCUCAGCCCGAACCCUGCCCACCCUUCUCACCUCUGCCACUCAGCUUCAGAAAACCUGGAUUACUCCUGGAGAAAACACAUUCUGCCACCAGCUUUCAUGAACCUGUGUCUCAUCCUAGGAUCUUCAUCCCCCUAGGUUCAUCUCCUGAAAGCAAAUAUUCUUCUUUUUACCAAUAAGGAAUAAAAUCUAUUACCUUUUCAACCCCUCAUCUACAAAAUAAAGAACAUUGGUGUGUUUUCGAGAGAGCUGACAUGUCCCAAGCCCCAUAAGGUUUCGUUCAUGGUUCUGUCUCCAGAUCUCCACAUCUCCCUAAAAAAUAAACAUUCUUAAACAUGUCUUCUGCCUCUUGAAGUGUGUUCUACAUGUGGGUCAGAUCUCUGCCUAGAUCAUGACAGAACACUCUGGCCAUUUAGACCCACUAAGGAGAGCACUUUCAGUUCAGAAGUUUGUUCAAAGAAUUCAUUGUGGAAUUUAAAAUGGUCUUUACUACUGAAGCCACCAGAAAAGAAUACCUCAUCCUUUAUGGGCACCUAAACAAGCAAAUAGGCCUGUAUUAGAUUUCCAAAUAGAGUUUGAAACCUUAGCUGUGGCUUCAGGCUUGGACACUUGUGCAUUAAAGGCUGCCUUCUUUCAAGCUCUGGAUGAAUCUUUAAAAGAUGAAAUGGCUCCUCUAAAAGAACCACAAACUCUAUACAGCUAAUCUCCUUAAUCAUUCAACUAGAUAAUGGCAUCAGACGAAGAAGAAGAGCCCAACUCGAGAGAGCCCCAUGAGAGUUAGUACUCCAGCAGCACCUGCUAUUUCCACAUCUCCUAUUUCUUCUGCAUCCUCUGAAUCUGAACCGAUGCAAACUGGUUGAACACGUUUAUCCCUCGAGGAAAGCCUGUGAUAUAGAGGUCAGAAACAGGGCCUUUAUUCUGGAGCAUCCAAUCACUUCAUACCCUCAUGUCCAGUUUGGCGAAAAGAGAGUGUCUGUCGAUGAUGAUAGGGAAACUGAUGGACCAAUCCAUACAUACAGAUUCCCUACACCUUUCUCUGCCUGCUACCAUUCUUCAAAAUGAAGAUAAUUUCAGUCUUUCAGUCCUUGUGGACUCUGGAUGUGACAGAAUGUUUUUGAUUUGAGUUUGUGUCUCAAACCCAAAUCGAGAUGGAACCACCAGCUACUACCCUGCAUGUCUUUUCUUUGGAUAGAAAAGAUCUCCCAGAGUAACACAGCAAACUGGACCUGGUGGAACUUAUUAUUUUUGGUAAUCACAGAGAAAGAAUAAUUUUCUAUGUCUUUCCAAUCAGGUAGUCAUUGCUGGUUCUAGAUUUCAACAGGCUACGACUUAACAAACCCCAAAUAAACUGGUAAGACUUAAGAAUUGAUUCAUGGUCUACUAACUGCCACUUAUCUUGUCUGCAGUCAGCUGUGUCUCCAUGACAGGCUAGAACCUACAUCUAGGGAAUCUGAGUCAGGUGACUUAUACCUACAGUAGUACCAGACAAGUGUUGUGAAUUGGAGCUAUAUAAAUAAACUGAGUUAAAUUGAAUUGAGUAUUACAACCUCAGACAAAGCUUCAACAAAGGCAAAGUACAGUCAUUACCACCUCAUCAGCCCUAUGACUGUGCCAUCGAUCUGCUUGCAGCGGCUGCGUAACCUUAUAGCCUUCUUUACAUUACCCGGUCCGAACGACAGGCCAUUGGAAAUAAUAACAAUGAAUCUCUUGCAGCAGGGAUAAUCCGACCCUCCUGCUCUCCACUAGAGGCAGGAUUGUUCUUUCUAUGCAAGAAAGGUGGAUCUCUACAUCCCUGUAUAAAUUACAGAGGUUUGUACCAGAUCACCAUCGUAAAUAAGUACCUUCUUCCUUUGAUCAUCUCAGCUUUCAGCCCUGUACAAGAAUCCACUGUUUUUACUAAACUAGAUCUACGUAAUUCCCAUCAUCUCAUCAGGAUUCGUCAAGGAGACUAGUGGAAAACAGCUUUUAAGACCCCUGUUGAUCACUGGUUACUUGUCAUUUGUCUGCUUUAGCUAUGCUCCUGAUGUUUUCCAGGUUGUAGUUGAUGAUGUCCUGGGAGAUUUUUUGAACAUCUUUGUCUUUGUCUACGUCAAUGACAUCUUAGUCUAUCCAAAGAAUCUUGCUGAACACCAUCACCAUGUCCGACUAGUCCUCCAGCUUCUACUUCCCAAGCACCUAUCCUAACUCUUCCUGAUCCCACCGGGCAAUUUCCCUUGAAAUGGUCUCUGAUAUUGGGGUUGGGGCUGUUGUCUUACAACAGUUCGAUCAGGACAACAAGCUUCACCCCUGUGCUUUGUUUUCCCUACAGUAUGCUUCACUGCCACAGAAAGAAAUUACCACGUUGUAGAGUGAGAACUGCUAGACAUUAAAUUUCUGCUGGAAGAAUAUCAUCAGUCUCUCCGAGCUCCAAUCUGCUAAACAAACUUCUUAACCCCUGACAGUCCCUGUGGUCCCUAUUCUUCUCUUUAUCCACAACAUGCACCCGAUGAUUCUGAUCCUAAGCCAGCACCUAUUCUGCCACCCCGUUGCACCAUUGGUUCCCUCUCUUGGGACAUAGAAUAAGUCAUCUCCCCAGCCCAACAAACUGAGCUACAGUACAGCCACAUCUUAUUCCCUGUUUUCACUCCUAAGAAUUCUAUGUUCAUCUUAAUAUGAGCCUUACCUUUGCUCUGAUAAGUCAUUGUUUCUGGUAACCAUUUAUCCAUAAAGAUGUUUGGGAAUAUGUAUCAGCCUAUGCCGAUUGUGCCCUGAUCUCCUGAGACGUUCCAUGUUUCUCCUUCACUCCAGCCCUGUGAUCUUCCAUCAUAGUACCUGCUCAGCCCGAACCCUCCUCACCUCCUCCACCUCCGCUGCUCACCUUCGUAAAGCCUGAAUUACUCCUUGAGAAAGCACAUUCUGCUACCAGCUUACAGGAACC